AUGGAGAAGGACGUUGAAGCAAUGUCGGCAAGCCCCAGUGGCAGCUCCGACUUCUCCCAAGGAAAGGUUGAAUUUCCUCGAGCCUCAACCGCGUUUGGUCGGUUCGUGGAUGGGUUUAAACGCAACCCCAAUGCUCGGGUCACGACACAAGCCAUUGAUGCAAAUGGCAGGGUGCUCGCAGACCAGCCUCCCGCCGAGCCUGCUUUGGCAAUGAAGUUGAAGGGACGCCAUCUUCAGAUGAUCGCGAUUGGGGGCUCGAUCGGGACUGGCCUUUUUGUAGGCUCUGGUUCCGCACUGGCCAGCGGAGGUCCUGCAUCAUUGAUCAUCGCGUAUGGUCUGAUAGGAAUCACGUUGUACUGCACGACCCAUGCUUUGGGUGAACUUGCGGUGCAGUAUCCGGUUGCUGGAGCAUUCUCUGUUUACGCCAGUCGAUUCGUGGACGAGGCCUGGGGCUUUGCAAUGGGCUGGAACUAUGCGCUCCAGUGGCUUGUGACACUUCCGCUUGAAAUCGUCGCCGCGUCUCUUACACUUGAAUUUUGGCCUGGCACUCGGGACGUCAAUGGGGCGGCUUGGGUGACCAUAUUCUUGGUAGCCAUUGUUCUCAUCAACUUCUUCGGUGUCAGAGGCUAUGGCGAAGCCGAAUUCAUUUUCUCGAUCAUCAAAGUCGUCGCCGUCAUCGGCUUUAUCAUCCUCGGUAUCAUCAUCAAUACUGGUGGUGUCCCAGGCGAUUCUCGAGGCUAUAUCGGCACCCACUACUGGUAUGAUCCAGGCGCUUUUAACCACGGAUUCAAGGGCUUGUGCUCUGUGUUUGUCACUGCCGCAUUCUCUUUCAGCGGAACCGAGCUGGUAGGCCUAGCUGCUGCAGAGACCGAGAACCCUCGCAUCGCAUUACCCACGGCCGUGAAGCAAGUCUUCUGGCGAAUCGCCCUGUUUUACAUGGUGUCUCUUACCAUUGUGGGCGUCCUCGUCCCCUACAAUGAUCCACAACUUCUGAACGGCAGCUCCUCAUCUGACGCCAACGCCUCUCCGUUUGUCAUUGCCGUCCGCAACGCCGGGAUCGAUGCGGUGCCUUCCAUUAUGAAUGUGGUCAUCCUCAUUGCAGUCCUGUCUGUGGGAAACUCCUCCGUUUAUGGCUCCAGCCGUACUCUAGCUGCACUCGCAGAUAUGGGACAGGCCCCCAAGAUCCUGGGCUACGUUGACCGUGAAGGCCGUCCGUUGGUUGCUAUUAUUGUCUCCUCCCUCAUCGGGUUCCUCUGCUACAUUGUCGCGGCUGGUCCGGACACCACAACCCAGGCUUUCAAUUGGAUGAUUGCUAUUAGCGGCCUGGCUUCAAUCUUCACCUGGGGCACCAUCUGCCUAUGCCACAUCCGCUUCCGCAGUGCCUGGCGGCUUGCUGGCCGUAGUUUGGACGAACUCGCCUUCAAAUCACAGGCUACUGUGUAUGGCUCAUGGAUAGGACUGGUCAUGAACAUCCUGAUUCUUGUGGCGCAGUUCUGGACAGGCUUUGCACCCGUUGGCUAUGCUGACAUGUCUGCCUCCGAGUUGGUGGAGUAUUUCUUUGAAGUCUACCUUGCAGCACCUAUCGUCCUCGCCAUGUUCAUUGGCUAUAAGCUAAUAAAGAGGACCAAGAUCCGAAAGAUCAGCGAGAUUGACAUUACAAGCGGGAGGAGAGAAGUCCACAACCUCAAGGAGAUACUGGAAGAGGAGCGCAGGAUUCAAACCACGUGGCCAUGGUGGAAGAAGAUCUGGAAGACUGUCUGCUAG